AUAUAUAUAUAUAUGUUUUCAAAAACGACCACCCGUGUUUAUAUUGUGUUUUUAGUUUUGAUUUGGAAACGUUUUUAGGGAGUAUUGGAAGUCUAUUUUCCGAAGAUGACAGAAGCUACUCAAGUCUCGAAUCACAGUUGUACGAAUGGUUCCCUUGUUACUUUGUCUUGCCUGUCACGGCAAGUUGUGUGCAGAGUUGUGAAUGAGAUUGAUCUAACCAUCUCUCUCAGCAACUUGUCGUUGAACAUGUCUGCUUCAGAGCAGAAGUGGCGGAAUUACGAGUUCUACAUUGGCUUGACCAUGGCCAUCUUCUCCUCUUUUCUAAUCGGAGGCAGCGUCAUCCUGAAGAAGAGAGCUCUGCUCAGACUGGCUCAGACAGGAGGCACCCGAGCAGGUGAGGGAGGUCAUGGAUACUUGAAGGACUGGAUGUGGUGGGCAGGUUUACUGACAAUGGGUGGUGGUGAAGUUUCAAAUUUUGCAGCUUAUAUCUUUGCACCUGCAACAGUAGUGACUCCGCUAGGGGCUCUAAGUGUACUUAUAGGUGCAAUACUGUCUUCCUACUUCCUAAAUGAGAAGCUUAACAUGCUGGGGAAAAUGGGGUGCGUGCUGAGCAUUCUGGGAAGCACAGUUAUGGUGAUUCACGCUCCAGAAGAGGAGGAAGUGAAAACUUUGGAUGAAAUGGCUCAAAAAAUUCUGCAUCCAGGAUUCCUCGUAUUUGCCAGCCUCCUGUUAGCCGCAAGUUUGGUGCUGAUAUUUUAUUUUUCCCCGCGCUAUGGACAUACCAACGUCUUGAUCUACAUCGCUAUCUGCUCCUUGAUUGGAGCGUUCUCUGUGUCAUCUGUCAAAGGACUGGGCAUCGCCAUAAAGGGCCUGUUUGACAGCAAGCCUGUGUGGAAACACCCUCUUUCCUACAUCCUCAUCGUCACGCUGGUGGCGUCCAUCGUCACUCAGGUCAACUACCUCAACAAGGCCUUGGAUGUCUUUAACACUUCAGUGGUCUAUCCUAUCUACUAUGUCUUUUUUACCACAGUGGUCCUUUCAACCUCUGUAAUUCUCUUCAAAGAGUGGUAUUCCAUGUUCCCCAUUGACAUCGUGGGAACGCUAUGCGGUUUCCUGACUAUUAUCACAGGGGUGUUCAUGUUGCAUGCGUUUAAAGACAUGAAGCUCAAUAUAGAUACCCUUCCACAGGUCAUUCAGCCAAAACAAGAGGAGCAUCCUGUGACUGAAAUCAUCAGAUUUGACGACAAGCAGAUUCUUAUCAACAGUAUGGAGAACUCUGUGUUUUCUGAACAGAAGCCGAAACUGUUUGUGAUCUGCAGUUAAGUGAUUGAAUGUGUGUAUAUACUGUAUAUAUUUUAAUAUAGUGAUGUAUUUAUUAAAGGUUGUUUUUUUUUUUUUUUUUUUUUUGCCGGAUAGAGCGUUAGAUGAAGUGGCUUGUACUAUUGCAGUAUUGAAUUAAAAUGAAAAGUAAAUAUCAUGAAAUGGAAGAUCCGGUUAGGAUCUACCCUGCUUUUUUUGUUUUUUGUUUUUUAAAGUUCGGGCACUGUUUUGAUAGAGUUCUACAUACUGGGGGUUAGGCCAUCAAGCAUCUUGAUGUGCGAGAGGAAAAAUACUGCACAUCUCUGUAAAACCAGUAUAGUAGACAACUUCAGUAUUGCCAGGCCUGUAUUGUUUUAAUCUUUCUAGGACUAUUGUGUCCCUUGUUCUGUACAAUAUUCCCACACAGAUAAUUUUCAUGUUUGAUAAAAAAAGGCUUGUUUCCUGUUUUUUGACUGGGAGUAGCCCUUGUUUGCUCAUUCCAGUCACCCAGGACACUGAAAUCAGUUCUGAAUAAUGACUUUGUUUUCUGUCGAAUGAUGCGAGAGGAUGGUCUUGGUGCCCAGUUAGUAGGGCAGUGGGCUCUGUAUCAUGUUUCUUGCCUUGUGAUGUAUAACAGUAAAACGAGAAUAAAAAUCUAUUUUGUUUGUGAACAAAAAUGAUGCCUACCCCUUCUUUUGAGCCUUACCAAUGGCAGUGGACAACUCGCAUGCAAAACACAUCCUAACAUCUCAUGAAACCUAAUCUAAAGAUAUGGUUAAGAGCACCUAUAGAAACCUUAGUACUCUACUUCUGUAAGCGAAUCUGGUACUUUGCAAGGGAUGUGAAUUUGAGAAUUCUUUCUUUUUGAUCGAAUUGAUUUCUCUUGAAGUUUUUUUUUUUUUAAGAUCAUUGUAAAAAGAUUCUGUUCAGCCCUUUUGGUGUUCAAACUAGUGUUGCAAUGAGCUGAGCUCAAACUAGUGUGGCUUGAAUUUGAAGGGGAACAAUGAUGAAAUCUGUCCCACAACUGAGAAUAAUUUUACAGCAAGGUGUAAUUCCUUUGUUUCCAAUGUUAAUCCACAGUUUAGCCUUCUGCGCACUGUACUGUCUGGUUACAGUCUAGUUUAUUUUUUACUGUAGUCCUGCUACGUUGUGCAGCAGGGGGCUCUAGUGAGUGAUACUCCAGACAAUGAAAAAGUACAAUGAUUUUUUGUUUGCUUGUGAAUUGUAAUAUUUAAAUUUUCUUGACUAUAUAUACGCAAUCUAAGUUGCUGUAUAAUUUAUUUUUUAAGGUAUUUUGACAAGAGCUUUUUUCUAGCUUGUUUUUACAUUCCUGAAUGCUAUGAAUCGUCUGUCUAAUAAAGAUUAUUUUUGAUCAA